ACGCACAGCUUCGCUCCCCAGCGCUCUCGAGCAUCUGAGUGGCCAUAAUUCCCCGGAAGGGGAUGGUAAUGAAUCAGCGUCGCCCCGGAACGAAGAAGAGGGGGAGAAAUAUGAGCAUGCCCUGCCUUCCUCUGCCCGUGCCCUGCGUGCUCGCACUGUGCAGGGCCCCGGAGGGCGAGCGUGAUGCCCUGUGGCAGCUGAAGGCACGGGGGAUCCAGGGGGGAGCCAGGGAGGGGCACGGGGACGGGCAGAGCUCAGCGCUGCUGCGCCCAUGGGGCUGGGGGCCUGGCUGCGCUCGCUUGGCGGCUGCUGCGGCUGCUGCGGCGGGGAGGCAGCAGCCCCUGAGAAGGAGCCGCUGCUCAGCAACAACAACCCGUAUGCUUCCUUUGGGGCCACACUGGCAAGGGAUGAGGAGCAGAACCUUUGGAGCACUCCACACGACGUGACCCACACAGAGGCAGACGACGACCGGGUGCUGUACAACAUGAUUGUGGGCCGGAGCCAGCUGGACAAGGACUCCGAGGAAUGGCAAAAGCUCAACUAUGAUAUUUAUACCUUACGGCAAACACGGAAAGAAGUGAGAAGCAGGUGGAAGCACAUUUUGGAGGAUUUAGGUUUCCAGAAGGAAGCAGACUCCCUCUUGUCAGUGACCAAACUCAGCAUUGUCAGCGACUCUCAGAACAUGAGCAAAGCCCGGGACAUCCUGCUAAAGCUCUCUGAAGAGACAAACAUCUUCCCAACCAGCUGGGAGCUGUCUGAGCGUUACCUCUUUGUGGUGGACCGGCUGAUCGCUCUGGAUGCUGCGGAUGAGUUCUUCAAGCUGGCCAGUGUGGUCUACCCAAAAAGAGCCAGCAUGGAAAGAGUGGAUGAGAAGCACACCCCUGCCAUGACGCCCUGAGGAGCAUGGGGACAGUGGGCUUACCUUCCCUUGGGACCAGGCUCCUGUGCCAAGGGGCUGCAGCAUGAGUAGUGCUGUUCCCUGUUUCCCUGCCCAGGAGUGGGCUGGCGAUGCCCCGCAAGGAAGGCAUGGGAAUUCAGUCCAUCACAGUGUAGGGUAUGCUGUGUAGGGUAUGCAAAUAGGCACAGGGAGCCCUGCACCACUAGCUGCAAACGAUGUCCCUAAUGGCAGCACUGCGAGGACGUCCACCUUGUCACCUCCCAUGGGACCUUCGCCUUCCUCAGCCAGGAAGGAAAAAUACCUCGCUCACCUGCAACCUCAUGACAUUUCUCUGUGCAACAGUCCCGUUCUUUGUCCGCAGGGAGUUGGCCCAGCAGCUCAGGACAGGACUGACAUCAGCAUCCUGGCUCUGUUGGGUGCUGGGUCCCCAGUGAUGGGCAUCUAGAGGAACUCAUGUCAAGGGAUGCUCAGCCCAGCACUGUGAACAAAGGUGCAUUUUAGCAAGGCUCCAUGGUUGGACCUGCUGAGAAAUAUUCUACCUGUAAUGCCCUCGGAUUGAUCACACCAACAUCUUCCUCCAUUUCCAAACGUCCAAGUCUUAACUGCAAUAAUAAAAAGCACCACAAAGUUGGUGGUCCGUGUAUAUAUGGUCAGUGCUGCUAAUGAAGAUUUUUAAUG